UUGUACCGCCGGGUUGAUAUGAAGUACACGCCUUUCAAGGCUGUUUCGUUGAUUGACUCGAGUCACGGCUGACUCGUAGGUGCUGUUGAUAGCCGCCUGUCCAGAUUGCUUUAUCACCCGAGCCGCUCUCGGUCCCCCAGCUUGCUCUCUCCCACUACACAUACACACAUACCGCAUUAUGUAUAUGCUGCAACCGGGUAUUGGCUACGUUGCGCCAGCAGCUCCGACAGCGCCUGCUCCCCCGGCCUCGGCAAGCUCCCACGCUUCGACGUCAGCCACGGUAGUCACAGCGCCCGCAGCUCCCAAGCCUACCGCGGCGCUCUCCGACUUCGACCGAUCACAAACGGCCUCUAGAGCCAGCUCACAUUCGACUGGGUCGCUGUCAAGCGGGUCGUCGAGUGUGCUCGUCAUCUCCCCACCUAGCUCCGUCCUCUCCAAUCCGAGCGAGCCGCAGCGGUACGGGCACAUGCACGGUCGUCCGUAUGAGGCGUUUGCGCUCCCUCCAAUCGUUCCACCGCCACCUCCGCCUGUUGCCCCAGCCUAUCCUCCUCCCGGGUUCGUAGCGCAUCCUGCCUGGUCUGCGCACCCUCCCCCACCCCCGGUCCCUGCUCCUCCUACCGUCGUUCCGUCUUGGGCUGAUUGGAUCCCCGACCCAACUCGACCGCCCACUCCCCCAACCCCGACGCAGGCUGUGCCCCCGUGGGAACAUUGGCGGCCCGGCAUGGGCCGUCCGCCGAGGCCGGUGUCGCCGCCGGAGAUGCGCUUGAGCAGCUCAGCGCAAGGGUCGGAAGCCGCGCCGCGGGACGAAUUGGCUAGUAACUCGUCUACCAUCUCGACUCAGAUCCCCCCUCCCAUGCACUGCUUCCGGCCGGGGAAACCCGCACCCCCUGCUCCGCUGGCGCUCCCAAAUGCGACGCCACCAGGUGUCGCUGCCGCGAUGCGUCACGAUGAGCGACCGGAGCUCGUCCAGUGGUACCACCACAACUUCACCCCGAUGUCUGAUCGCACCCCGAUGCCCUCUUUCACCAUGGAGAUACCCGGAACCCCGGCCGCGGGGCAGCACACGUCGGCGGCGUCGGAUAACGUCGAGCGCGGCCGUCCGUAUGAGCUGCGUCCCGUUUCGCCCGUCGCUCGUGUUCGCUCCCCGGUGUAUUCCCAUCCGACGUCAAUCGCGAAUUCCCCGCGCGGGACGGUGCCGAGUCCUGUCGCUGACAGCGCUGCCCCACCUGAUGUGCUCAGCGUGAGAACCCAUUCGCGCUCCCCUCUACGGACUGUCGUGAGUUCUCCAUCGGUCACCUCGAGUCGGUUGACGCCGUCGCCGCCGCCGCAGCAAGUUUUCCUCUCGCGCGCUGGACCAGUCUCUUCAUCGAGCCGAGCACCUUCGCUGCUGUACCAGAACUCGCCCAUGAGCACCCCUCGGACGCACUCUCCGGUCUCGAGUUAUGAUGGGGUGCAUGGGUAUCCGGCGUCUCCGGUCGUCUACCAGCUCUCGAGUGGGCUGUCGACUCCAGGUGAGCCGCAGAUGUCUGUCAGGCCGCCGAUCGUGACCCCCGUUCACCCCUUCCGGGGCUGGGUGUCCGAGCGGCCUCGAGCUGAGACCGUCUCGUCCCGGUCGUCGAGCUCCGAGACAUCGCAUACAGUGCUGAUUCCGUCGAUGCCCAUGCCAGCCCAGCAAUCGCCUGGGAUGCCCAUGCAGCCGCCGAUGCAGGGUGCGCACCAGCCGUAUAUUCCGGCGUGGACCACCCCGUGGCCGUGCCCUCCGCCGUUCAAUCCGCAGCCGACGUUCAAUCCGCAGCCGCAGCCGUACACGCCGUGGGGAUACAAUUCCACUAGCCCGUACCCGUUCGAAGGAUCUCAGUACUCGAGACACCCCAGAUUCUGGUUCGAGGAUGGUAACGUGACCUACGUCAUCCAGAAUAUGGAGUACAAACUGCAUCGGUAUCACUUCAACAACGGGACCUGGGCGUCGUCGAAUGCUUGGCCCGGAUACCAGUCGUCUCGCUUUGAACUGUUUGAGAACAAGAUUGAUUUCGAGCGGUUCUUGACUGUGCUCUACCCUCUGUUCGUCGUUUUUCCCUUCUCUUUUCACAUAGCUUAUUUUCUCUGCAGGGAACACGGCGAACAAGAAUGCC